UUCUCCCUUACCCACCUCACUUCAACCCAGCUGAGCACAACCAGGAGGCAAGUGUUUGGUACACACACAGGGACUCUAUGAUUAAGCACCGGGCUCAGAAAGCUCCCCCUGGGCAGCACAGGCACUGUGAGAGAUGUUUCAAUCGGCACUGCCGCGCACCAAUUGAGCCUUCCAUCUCCUGCAUGGUGAUCAGCUGCCGUUUUCACUGCGGGGCCACCUUCCACAUGUGCAAGGAGGAGGAGCAUCAGUUGCUCUGUCCCUUUGAGCAGGUCUCCUGCCUCAACUCAGCCUACGGCUGCCCUUUUUCCAUGGCCCGCUUUAAGCUGGCAAAGCACCUCCAGGUCUGUCCAGCCAGUGUUGUCUGCUGCUCGAUGGAGUGGAAUCGCUGGCCAAACGUGGAUUCAGACACGACCCUCCACAAGAACAUUAUGAAGGAGACCUUGAACGAAGAGUGCCUGGACACAGCCUUAGCACUCAGAGACCAGAAGAUACUUUUCAGGACUUUGAAAGUAGCUGACUUGUUUCCAGAGUGGAGGAAAAAAAAUGAAGUAGAAGAGCUAAUGGAUGAAGCUGUGGGUGGGGAAGAAGGUGCUGUGGGAGGAGUAGCCUGUGGUUCCCAAGAAGGUGAUGGCCAGUUGUCUGAGCUGAGCCAACGUGAGCGUGAAGAUCUGGCAAAGGACAAAGAGGGAAUGGAUCUGGGAAGUUACAAAACCUGGGAGAACAUUUUCAGCAAAGAGCUCCUGGCUUGCCAGGUAACAGGCUCAACAGUCAGUGCAGGACAAAAGACAGAGGAGGCUUCCAAGAAAACAAAGUCAGUCCCUCAUGCUGCCAGCUCCACAGAGAAGACAAAGGAAGUACCUAAUGGUGCAGAAGAGGCAAAGGACCAAAAUCCCAAACAAGUAACACCAAAUACAGAAAUGACGGGACUGGCUCCCUGGCAAGAAGGAGUCCUGGAGAGGCUGAAGAAGGAAGUUGGUGUGGGUGAUUACAACAUGUAUCUGGUACAUCAUGGGGGAAUGCUGAUCCGCUUUGGCCAGCUAGCUGCUUGCACUCCCAAAGAAAAAGACUUUGUCUAUGGGAACUUGGAAGCUCAGGAGGUGAAGACUGUCUACACCUUCAAAGUGCCAGUUAGUUACUGUGGCAAAAGAGCACGACUAGGAGAUGCACUGGGACACAAGGUACCAACUGCAGACAAGUCAGUGGAUACCUCAGAAUUGGGAAUAAAUGUAGAAGAACUACCUAAGGCAAAUAUAGUUAAAGCCACACUGCUGUGUGCACUGGAAAAGGAGCUGAAAGGCCAUGAGAUCUCCGAAGCAAGGGGUAUCGAUGGACUCUUUGUGGAUUUUGCAACACAGACAUACAACUUUCCUGUGGAGCCCUUCUCCUCCGAUGCUGUUCUAGCAGAUAUUCUGGAUGAAAAAAGCUCACCAGAACUCCACGUGGAGCUCUACACUGAAUGCGUAACCAGGAGACACAACAAAAGCAGUUCAGCUUUCACAUUCACUUGCAGUCAUUUCUUCAGGAGGGAUGAGUUCCCGUCCCACUUCAAGAAUGUGCACACUGAUAUCCAGUCAUGUCUGGAUGGAUGGUUCCAGCAUCGCUGCCCUCUGGCCUACUUGGGAUGUACUUUUGUUCAAAAUCACUUCCGCCCUGAUGGACUUAAGGCCAAGGUCAUAUACAGCAAGCCUCUCAAGACAUUUGCUAUUAAGCCAGAGGUGGACACCCUCCUUGCUGAAUCAGGGAAGUGCAAUCCCACAGUGGCUAAACGAGGGAGAAAUAAGGACUCACUGAGCAGCCUCCCAGUGGAAUUGCUCAAGUACAUUGCGGGGUUCCUGGACAGCUUCAGUUUAUCUCAGCUAUCGCAAGUGUCAGUGCUGAUGAGGGACAUCUGUGCCACUCUUCUUCAAGAGAGGGGAAUGGUCCUGCUGGUCUGGGAGAAAAAAAGAUAUUCCCAUGGGGGUACUUCGUGGAAAGCUCGGAAAAAGAUCUGGCAGUUCAGCAGCUUGUUCUCUAGAGUUAACAAAUGGCAGCGCAACGACGUCGCGUGCAUGUCAGAGCACCUGAAGAAUUGUCCCUUCUACCAAGUGGAGCACAAGACGGACCCCGUGCUGCUGACAGGCAUGUGCGAAUCUCGAGAGCAGACUCAAAAGACUUUGGUUUCUACUUUCAAGAGCAGAGUCUGA